AUGCUGAUAGCCAUGUUACUGACGGAGACCUUCGAGCGGUUUUACCGCCGUGCUGGAAAACCUCUCAUUGUAUCUCUGGUGGUGUCACUCUAUGCGCUGAAUGCAUGCAUGAUUUUCUCCAGCGACUACUUAGUAGAAUUUGCCUCCUACAAGUAUACUGUUACGGAUUUCCUUGGUGGCUGGACUGGGGCACCGUCGCUGAAUUCAUACGAGAACAUCACGACAGCCUGUGAGGUCUUGGUUGAGACUCAUUUCGAGAACUAUUUCUGCCAGAAACCGUUUCUUAACUACAUGAAUAUUGUCAAGGAAGCACAACCGGACUAUCUUUUUAUUAUUGAGCGGCACUUGACUUUUUUACCGGCGUUGAACUCUACGGAAGCAGAACGAGCAGUGCUGUCAAAGCAAGCGGAGAGUCGAAUUGACGAACUCAGUGCUGCAGUGAAGAAGAAACUGGAAGACCAGAAAGGCCAUGUUAUUGGUCAAAAAGCGUCUACGAUAUCUACAACUAUCGCCCAUUCUGUUUACUAUCAACAAGACAGAACACUGGACGAGGAACAGCCAUAAUCAGAAGUAUCGCGAGAGUACAAUUUAUCAUUCUGUUAUUCUUUCACCGAUUUAAAGAAAGAUUUUGAUUCGGAUGAGACAGAAGGAGUCAUGGAAGUUCUGGAUAGCAAUGGCUGCUUACUCAAUGUAUAA